AUGCCGAGAACACGCCGUCUACUCCGUGAGGAAAUCACGUACUCCGCCGCGAAGGGACGCGAGGUCAACAUCCUCCAUCGACUAGGCUACUAUGACAAAGAAACCAGCUUCUUCAACCAGCUAAAUGACAACCGCGAUUGGAUUAAGUCCGUUGUAGCUCAUCACCUAGGACUAGGUGCAAGAUCAGUCCACUUGUGUCGCGUGGCCGAAGUUGGGGACUGGUUCCAUGGAAGCUUCAACGUCUGUGUUCUAGUCACUAUUGAAGACAAGACCUGGAAACGGAAGAAAUAG